GACGGAAAGGUCAUCUGCGCUCAUCAAGGAAUCCGGAUGUCCCUCCAAAUACCCUUCGGAGUCGUGGAUACUUUGCUGGUCAUGGAAAGGGACCGAACUUGUCUCCCGAUUCUACCGGUAUGCCAUGUCUUUGCCUUGUUUGAACGACCUAAUCGUUUUUCAAGUGGCGUUCGUUAGUAACCCAACAAGGACGCCAAGACCGCCCCUGGUACCGUCAUUUCAGCUACUGGGAUUGUUCCAGUCCUUUUUUCUUUGAUUUGACUGCCCAAUUUCUCAACCUCUCAUUCAUCAUGCGGUCUCGCUCUGUUCAUUCCUUCGCCCUCUGACCCUUCUUUGCUUGUAUUUUCAUAUCCCCACGAACUAUACUCUCCUUUUAAGUCUUCAUAUUCCCCAACAUCACAUCAUUUCCCCAUUUCCAGGCCUUGGCUGCUUCCUUACACGCAGAUCCUUAUCCAACUCAGCAAGAAUAGGAACAGGACAGGACUAUUUCCGCCAACCAGACUCGGCAAUCGUUGUCCCCGCGUGUAAAAUACCCGCAGGGUCCGCAAGGGUGCUUCUCUUUGCUGCGCCCAACUUGUUCCGAGACUCCUAAUCAUUCAAUAAUAACCAAUUGUGCUCUUCAUUUUUUGCUCGUGGUCUCGACAAAGCCUCACGUUAGCCAAGUCGCACAGAAGUUCGAACGACACCAUCCACCGUUUACCAGCAUCACCAGAUGCAGAGAGUUUAACUCGUCGCCACCAUCGUUGCAGCGUCACAGCGCAUGCCGGUUCAGCUUAGCCCAAUUGUCGCGGCAUAAUCACCACAAUAUUCGUCUCAAGUCGCAGCUGCCAUCAUGUCAGACGUUACCACCGCCAUCACAACAGCCUGUGCCUAUAAGGCUCGGGACGGGGAUAAUAUAGCAAGUACAUCCGGAUCCGACAUUCGACCUGACGUCGAACCCCGAAGACGACGACACUCCUUCUUCAUUCCCAGGAGACGAUCCAUUGUUGGCCAUAUCAUGGAUGGCGAAGAGGGUCUUCUUCUCAAAGUCGACCUUUUCCUCUCGGAACUCGAGCGUCGGCUUGAUUUUAUUGAGAACUAUGUUGAUUUGAGUAAGGACUCCAGCAUCUCCCGUACCUUCUCUACACUCCAGGCUGUUCGUUCGAGAUGUUCCCACGCUUCUGAGGAAGUCCUUGGUGCAGGACGACGCCGUUUACAUAUCAUGGUCGAUACUCUAGAGGCAAGAUAUAAGGAGACCUUAGAGGCCGCCGAGUCGCUGAAUGAGAAGGCUCACGUUGGAGUCGAUUUACUUGAAAGCAUGCUCUCUGAUUUCGAAACUAGAGCCUACAAAUUGCGUGAGCAGGGCUUCGCAAACGCCGCCAACGCUGCCGAGGCUUUCAUGGAUGAGGGACGCCGAGUUGCCAACGAAGGAAUCGAGCGUGCCAUUCAAGCCGCUCUUUCACUGGAGGAGCACAUUCAACAAGCUAUCGUUCUGGCCAAGGAAGGGCGCCUCCUCUCCUACGAUGACCUCCCCUCACCUUGGCGAAACAACCCUCACAUCCACAAGGGUUACCGUUUCACUGAAUCCAAACUCGAAUGCGUACGCUCAGCCUUUAAUCUUUCCAAUGAGCUAGUCAACAUCUGGUCCCAUGCACUGGGUCUUAUUUUGGUCCUCGCGAUCGCGCUCUAUUUCUACCCAAAUACUGCCAACUUUACACUCAGUACUAAGUCCGAUGUGUUCGUCGCGGGCGUUUUUUUUGUUAUGGCUUGCCUCACUUUGGUUUGCUCAACGGUUUGGCACACUAUGAAUGCUGUUGCAGAUGUCGAUGCCAUUUCAAUAUUUGCCUGCGUGGACUAUACCGGCAUUUCUCUGUUGAUUGCUGCCUCAAUCAUGACGACUGAAUACACAGCCUUCUACUGCGACCCUGUCAGUCGAUACGUCUAUAUGGGCUUAACAGCUUUCCUCGGAAUUGGAGGCGUCAUUCUCCCGUGGCAUCCUCGCUUUAAUGGUGCUGACAUGGCAUGGGCGCGAGUCGCUUUUUUUGUUGGCCUUGCCUUGACCGGGUUUAUGCCUAUGGUUCAGCUUGGGUGGACUCACGGACUCGACUUCGUGUACAACUUCUACUCGCCAAUCUCCAAGUCGAUGCUCGUGUACUUUACGGGCGCCGUUGUUUACGCCAGUAAGAUCCCCGAAAGGUGGUUUCCUGGCUGCUUUGACUAUGUUGGUGGAAGCCAUAACCUCUGGCAUGCCGCAGUUCUCGGAGGCAUCCUCUUCCAUUACUCGGCCAUGCAAACCUUCUUUGCCAACGCCUUCCACCGAGCAGAAGCUGGCUGCCCUUCAUACUAAAUCAUUAGGGGGUGCUGGAUGGGCCUUCAGUGACCAACCCAGAACGGGCCAACAAGUUUCUCAGCCCCCUCGAAGCGUGUCAAAUGUUUGGCUGAUUCUGCUAAGUCUUGCUCGGCUUGGCCCGCGCCGUUUGGAUCUUGCUAUGGUUAGUUGCAUGCUCUACUAGAGUUGAUCUCAGCGUGACCCCUAUGGCAAGACUCUAAUCAAGUACCUAUGCGUGCCUUGGGUGCAACGUGAGUCCAAUGGCACUGCCUAUACGAGGGGUAUUGCGCCGGAGACUUGGGUUGAAACAAGUUAGCAAUCCUGUUAAGACGUGUCGUUCGUCCAUGAUACGAAAACUUCCCAACCAUGGCAGGCAUACUUGAGUGAUGAUAGACAAAAGCUAUACACUCGGAUCUUCUUGAUGAAGCUAGAAGCUUGAAUGUCGUCUGAUGAAAAGCAUAUGCAUGUAAGCCGGCGCUGAGUUUGAUUGGUAAAGGGUCGAAUAUGACCCAACAGGCAUGCGUGGACGAUGCAGUAAGUUCGCAAUAUGAUACGAGUCACAUGUAAAUAGACAAUAGAUAAUCAAUCGUAUAUUCAUUCAUUCAUCCUAGAGCAUCCGUCUCUGUCGGAACCCUCUAGUACCCGUUGAAACCCGCUCA